CUAUCACUGUUUCUCAUUUCAGUGCUGGCUUUGGUAUGACGUCCUGGAGGGCUGAGCAGACUGAUGACGUCAAGAUACCGCGAGAGCUAUUCGGCGACUAUGCUUCAACCCGGUCUCGCGAUACUAUCUGCGCAACGCCGGAAGAUGUCGAACGCAGCUAUAACCAAGUUGCAGUACUGCGUGUAUUCUGUACCGUAUCGUUUCUCCAAUCAUAUGGUCCGAAUAAACAGAAUUAUCACAAAUGUAUCGGAUUUCUAUGAGACAUGCGCAUUUGUGUCACACGUCUAUCGAAUGAUCACGUGCCUCACACACCGUUACCUGGCCAACAGCGACAACAACAUGUCAGUGAGAGAGAGAUCGAGAGAGACAUCACAGAGAGAUAAUCUACAGCUCAGUGAAAUGAAGAUGCCAUUUUCACAGUGGGAACUUCUAGACCAAGACCAACUGAAUAUGAUGCUCGGCCUACCUGUGGACCAAGUACAGUUACAGUUUAAGGAUAUACUUGACUUCAAAAACCAGCAGACCUGUGUGAAAGACGCCGCUCUGUUGGAUUACUUUGUCAGUGGAUUCUGUUGGGCCAGAGAGAUGAACUUCACCUGUCAGCAAAUCUCAUUUAUCAUGGCACUGUUACAGCACUUACUAUACAACAUCAAAAACAACCAGACAUCAUUUGCUGAUCAUUUCAAGGUAUUUUCUGAGAUCAUGAACGUCAGCAGUCCAUCGGCAGAGACUGACACCAGUGCUUUAUUUGAUGCAGAUCAGAUCAGAUCCAUCACACAUUACUUCAGGAUCAGUGUUUUUCAGCAUUACAGACUUUAUGAAUGGCUGUUCUCUCAACAAAGGCAGAAACAACUCUUCACCACAGAGAAAUGCAUUGAGUUGGUCAAUCCGGUGGACUUUGUCUCUCCGCUGGAGGAGGGAAUGUCUGCUGAUGUCUUCUUGCAGCAUGUGGCCCCACCCUGCGUUCAAACACCUGAACAGUGUAUACAGGACUCUCAUGAGCAGAAUGGAGAAGAAGUGGAGCGAGAGGAAAGUGAGGAGGAUCAAACAGGCUUCAGUGUGGACGACGUCAGAGAGAUGCUGGAGGAAACCACUCGAGAGAUGUUAGCACAACUUCAGGCCGACUUCACCGAGAAACUGAAAGCUCAUGAGGAGACGUACACCUCGAGGUUAGAGCGACUUCAGAAAAUCUGAUUGAAAUAGAUCUGCUGAGAGAGUUUCCCAGCUGUAUGAACUCAUUCACAUUCCUCUGCAUUUACACACUCAAAUGUUUUAUUUUCCCCUUUUGCUUUUAUUCAAGUACAAUUGCUUGAACGGUACAUAAUGGAUGUAAUAAAGGACAUGAUGAAAUGAUAAAUAUGUAAUGCAGGACAGUCGUGGAAGUCAAGAGGAAAGUGAACAUAUAAUGAAGCUGUUUGUGUAAUGUUUUCUGCACCUUUUCCACAAGUCAUUCGAUGUUUUUAAAGUAACCCAGUGCUAUGGCAACGCUAAAUAACUCCGGCCGAAUAGCUGAGUUUGCCAUAAAAAGUGAUGUAUUAUUACGGCUGAAUAGUGAGUUUUCCAGAGAGCCCACAUAGAACUAUAAAUACACCCUGCAAUGUAUACAAAAGAACGCUGAUCGCUGUUUUUUAAGCUCUCCUCUUUUCCAUUUCAAAGCACCAUUAUGUUACCAUUAUUAUGUCAAAUCACAAAGCAUAAUGUUGAGUGCGUAUGGAUUUCCAUCAAAGAUUAUUAGCGUUAUACAAUAUGAGUGAAUAAGACGACUGGGGAAAUUCUGAAUCUCAUAACACAGCACUUUGGAUAUUUCAACUCAAACAAGUUAUAAAUACUGCUGGUUCAUCAGCACAAUAUCAUGUUGCAGUAAUAUUCCUCCUCCGUGUCUCAGUUUUUACGCCCUGUUUUUUUAGCUCUUCAUCGCUUUGAUGCCUUUUAUGUUAACAUGCUGUGGUGAAGAUAGCAGCUUACCCUGCGUGUCUCCAGAACAUGUUCAAACACUUUAUGAGUGUUCUUUAUGUUCCCCUACCCAUUGAUAGAAUCAUUCAUUCCUGUGUGCACACACAACAACACUCCCUCUACUGGACACUGAGUGAAUUACACACACUAUGUCUAUUUCUUAAAGUACUUUAAAUAAUAAACCAUCUCAGAUGACUUACAUCUUUUAAAUGACUUAAAUUGAUAGUUCAACCAAAAAAAUGUAUUCUGUCGUAAUUUCCUCUCCCUCUUGUCGUGUCAAACCUUUAUGACUUUCUUUCUUCCGCAGACCACAAAAGAAGAUAUUUUGAAGAAGUCCAACACUGGACCCCAUUCACUUCUAUUGGAUGGACACCAAAGCAAUGCAAGUCAAUGGGGGCCAGUUAACAACAUUCUUCUAAAUAUCUCCUGCUUUGAAAUGACAGAAAAUUACUAUCACUUUGUGUCUUUUAAAGAUGAAUUCUGUGCCACUAGCACAUAUUUUUAAACCAACAUGCUUUACUUACAUCUGUCUCUGUAUGUUCAGCUGAAAACAUUUUAAGAUAAAAAAUGACACACUUUACAUCUCAUGGAUGAUGUCACUCAUUUAAAAAAAAGAACAAAUGUGCUUUUGUCCGUGUUGCUAGGUUUAUAACUCUUUGAAAUGUGUACGUUGCGGUUAUUCUGUUUUUAGCGAAU